UCAUCGCUGACAUAUCUUCGAAUCAGAUGCUCGAGCUCUUGAGGUACAGAGCAGUUUCCUGUCACAUUGGUCCCACCUUCUCAACCUAGCCAUCCCCGCGGACAUCCCACACCUCAAGCUCACCCCAUCAUCCCUACGAGCCCGAGCAAGUCCGCAACGCUCGCAACAACCACAUCCGCGCAAUUCCUGAGCCAUGCCGACUAAUCCCUGGAGCCCAAGCUCGCAAUACUCCUCCACCGUGCUCAACGACCCCUCCGCCAUCCCCUUACACGCCGCACCCGCAGCAGCACCGCACGCAUCUGCAACCACACUACCACGCCCACGCCAGAGCUCUGCGCAACUACAGCAAGGGCUGCAAGCACAACAGGGGCCGUUCACGGCGGCGCAAAGGAGUGCGCAGGCGCGCGGGAAACCAUUCAUCACCCCAGCUACUACCAGCGGGAGUAGCAGAAGCAGACACAACGACCCGGAGAGCUACGCACAACGCGAACGGAGGAAUGAGGCAGCAGCUAUCCUGGAUAGUCAGGAGAUGUUGAUCUGGUACGCGGCAAGUCGGAAUGAGAGUGUAAGCCAGACGAGGAGGUAUUAUUUGAAUGUUGUGCUGGGCGUGGAGGAAUCGCCUAGGGAUUGGAAAGAAGAGUGGGAAGUGCGACCGAUGGAAACGGGUGGGCCGGGCAGCCCCAAGGGGAAACCCCCGAAAGGCAAGGGGAAGGAGAGAGAGAAAGAGAGGGAGAGGGGGGCGAAGAAGCGGUUUAGUGCUGGGGGGCCGCAUGUUACGUACGGUGGGGGGGAGUAGUGUGGGUUGACACGUGAUGGCGUGGUGACAAGGAAGGAAGCUCUCCAUCGUGUCUGGAGGUGUUCAGGGUGCUUUGAACGUGGGUGUGCAGCCGGAGUUGAAGGCGUAGAGGAAGUCGCGGUAGGAAGUGCGCGUUACAAGGACCUCAAGAUGAGACUUGGUGAUUACAUCUACAAGAGGCAAACAGCUGCAGGGAGGACGUGCAGGUCUGAGAGACCUAGGAAAUCCUUGGGCACUGAGGAGAGCGUGUUUUAUUCUUUGGGCAGCAUUAUACCCCCGGCGCAAUGGAGCUUGUGAGCUUGUGCUUAAUAUGGUAUACUUACAGAGAGGAGUAUAGGUGCAAUUGAUGAUCUUCUUUGAUUCGAAACAUUGCGCUGCAAGCGUCCAGUCCUAUACAUCGCUGCUUCGCCGAGCUACGACACCCAUCCAAGUGCUAUAUACACAAC